AUGUAUGAGGCAGCAUUAAUCCGGAGAGAAAAUGAAGUAGACAAACUAAAGGCCGAACUCGCAGCAGCUGAAGACAAAAAGUCAAUAAUUGUCCUAGGAAUUAUAACAAGGGACUAUGAAAAUGUGUUGGAUUGUCAUGUAAAGGCGGUGAGAUGCCAGAUAGCUCAAGGAAACGCGGAAGAGGCCCAAGAAAUGCUGGAUAGUUUGCCUGCUGAGUAUCAAGAUGAAUCUGAUGUUCUGGUGGAGUCUGCCAUACUUUGUGCCUUUAAUUAUGAGGUAGAUAAAGCUGGCAUGAUUUUGACUCAGAUUCUAGACCGAUGCCCUAACCACGAAAGGGCACUCAAGGGAAAAGAGUUUCUGGAGAUUCGACGAUAUGGGAUUUCUAUUCCAUUGAUGAUAGACGAAAGUGAAUUCGAUGUUGUCUUGGAAAGGAUUACACACGCCCAGUCUCUGGAAUCCUUUUUCCCGCAGAUGCGUGCUGACUUGGCCAGAAUGAAAGGGAUCGUCUUCUGUAAGCUUCGACGGCUGCAAGAAGCAUGCGACUGUUUCCGCAAUGUACUGGAUAUCAAAGAUCAAGAGGACUGUAGGUUAAGACUGGCAUUGUGUCUCUUGCUGCUGGGCAGACACGGUGAAGCUACGGUCCAUCUUGUGGAAAUAGCUGAAGAUCCAGUAGAUGUCGACGCUUUGAUCGAAGCUGCCGUAACCCUGGAAAGAAUGGAACGUCAUGGCUGCCCUUACGACAUCCUAGGCGUUCCAGAGGAUUGUAAUUUGAAGGAAAUAGAAAGGGCCUACAGGAAGCUGGCCCUCAAGAGCCACCCUGAUAAGUUCCGGGGGUCUCAGGCAGAGAGAGAACACAUGAAUGAAAUCAAGCAAAAGAUCAACUACGCUAACGACAUCCUACGUGACGCUGAUGAAAGAGAGGAAUACGACACUCUCAGGAACUUCGUCAAGGACGUCGCGGAUAAAGUGUUCGAAGAUCCCACGUUUUCGUAUGAAUGUGAUAAUGAAGAAGAAGACGAGUUCGAACUGUUUGAGGAAGAGGAAGGAUGGGAUGAAGAUUAUGAAAAGGAAGAAUGGGAUGAAGAAGAAGAAGAGUAUAAAGAGGAGGAAUGGGAUGAAGAGGAGGAAGAGCAAGAAGAGAAAGAAUUGGACGAAGAGGAUAAAAUGGACGAAGAAGAACAAUGGAAUGAAGAGGAAAGAAUGAAUGAACAGGAAAAGAAGUCUGAAGAAGGAAGAAUGGGAUGA